AUGUCUUCAUCAACCCUCCCCUUCGCUGACCCCCUCUGGCUGAACCGCGGGUACAGCCCGUACUACAAGGACUCCCACCGACGCCUGCAAAAGGAAGUCCGGUCCUACAUUGACACCCAUAUCGCUCCUUAUUGCGAAGAAUGGGAGAAGAACGGCGCUGUUCCUGCUGAAGUACACCAACGACACGCAGCGCUCGGCUACACUGCUGCUACACCAUUUCCCCUGGCUGCAGACCAUCUCAAGGGCCAACUGCUCCCUGCCGGAAUCAAGGCGGAGGAAUGGGAUGGUUUCCAUGAUUUGGUUCUCAUUGAUGAGAUUGCGCGAUGUGGCUAUCUCGGGGUGAUUUGGGCGCUGGGAUGUGGGAACUCAAUCGGUGGACCGCCUGUUAUUAACUUUGGAAAUAAAGAGCAGAAGGAUCGGUUUCUGCCUGAUAUGCUGAGUGGCAAGAUUCGAUUUUGCCUGGGUGUUACUGAGCCCGAUGCUGGAUCUGAUGUUGCCGGUAUCACCACGACUGCGGAACGAAAAGGUGACAAGUAUAUUGUCAAUGGAGCCAAGAAAUGGAUUACCAACGGUAUCUUUGCGGACUACUGCACCGCCGCUGUGCGGACAGGGGGAGAGGGCGUAGCUGGAGUGUCGGCUCUAAUCAUCCCACUCAAGGCGCCCGGCGUGACGUGCAGAAAGAUUGACAACUCGGGUGUUCUUGCCAGUGGAUCCACAUAUAUCGAAUUUGACGACGUCGAGGUGCCUGUGGCCAACCUGCUCGGGGAAGAGAACAAGGGCUUUCCUAUUAUCAUGAACAACUUUAACCAUGAACGCCUCUGGCUUGCCUGUACAUCGCUGCGGAUGGCCCGAGUCUGUGCCGAAGAUGCCUACCAACAUGCCAUUACUCGCGAGACCUUUGGCAAGAAGCUCAUCGAGAACCAGGUUAUUCGGGCCAAGUUUUCAGCCAUGGGCCGGAGUCUGGACGCGACAUAUGCCUGGAUGGAGCAGCUGGUGUAUAUGGCAGAGACAGCCAAGGCAAAUGGCACGGACCUGGCGAUGGGUGGCUUGUUCGCCAACCUUAAGGUUCUUGCCGGACGGACUUUGGAGAUGGUUAAUAGAGAGUCUCAGCAAGUUCUGGGAGGUCUCGGAUAUUCCAAGAACGGUCGUGGCGCGAGAAUUGAGCAGGUCAGUAGAGAUGUUCGGGUGAUGGUCGUAGGAGGCGGCAGCGAGGAGAUUCUGUCUGAGUUGGCUGUGAACCAAGAGAUCCGGGCGAUGAAGAAGCUGAGCAAGCUGUAA